AUAAAACUCCAAAACAUUAUAUCAUUAUUAUAUUUGAUCCCUACAAAACUGAAAUAACAAUAAAAAAAAAAAAUGAUGAUUAUAAGAAUGUAAUGAUACUUUAGGUUUGAAACUCAGUCAAGCAAGCACUAGUUGUCCCUAAUCCCCCAACGGUCAAAUUUUUUGAAAUCCCACAGCCCUUGCCACAACGGUCAAAUUUUUGAAAUGAGCUCCUCCAUUCCCAUGGCUGGCUAUAAAAGAACUCCAAAUCCCACUCAUCUCUUCAGAUUUUGAUAGAAACACUCCUCCAAAUCCUAUCAAUAAAAAAAACAAACAAGAAGAGAUGGAUUUCCACAGCCUCUCUAGAAGAGAACUCCAGGCUCUCUGCAAGAAGAACAAGAUUCCAGCCAACAUGACCAACAUCGCCAUGGCUGAUGCCCUUCAGACUCUCCAGACAGUUGAAGGGUUAGAUGGGAUUCAAGAACUCUUAUCACCAAACAAAGAGAGUAUGAUGUCACCGGACUUACCGCGGACUGGCCGGAGGACAACGGUGAGAAGGCAGACGGUUCAAGAUGAGAUGGCUGGUGGUGAUAAGCCGGUGAGCACUGCGCCUCAAACCCGCCGGGGAGCUGCAAGAGCUUCGGCGAUUAAGAAAAUAGAGCUUGCAUUUGAGGAUGGAGGAAAACAAGAAGAUCAUGUGGAGAUUCUUGAUUCUCCGGCAACUCAAGGAAGCCCCUUGCCUCGGUCUCGUAGAGUGAUGGCAAGAGUAUCAGAGAGUAUGAAUUUAACUAUUGAAGAUGAUGAUGGCGAGAAGCAAGAGGGUCAAGAUAAGGUGGUACUCGAGACUCCGGCGGUUGGCACUGGCCGGAGAACACGUGCUGCAGCGAGGCGAGUUAGCAAGAAAGAGGAUGGAGAGAAAGAAGAGGAGAUUAAGACUAGUCGAUAUAGAACGAGGUUGUCAUCGAGGAAGCAAAUUGGGGAGGUGACGGUGGAGGAGGUUUCGGGGAGACCCAGGACACGGAGCACCCAAAUGAGUGCUGCUGUAAAGAUGGUAGCUUUGGAGCAAGAAGUAGAGAAACAAGAGAUCGAGGUGCAACAUGGAGAGAAAGCCGGCGAGGUUGCAGAAGUGAUGGUCUCUGAGGAUCCAAUCGAAGAAGAGGCGAAGAUCGAUGAUGAAAAGGAAAUGCUGAAUGAGAGCUUGGAGAAUGGAGAGGAGCGGGAUGAUCAUCAAGAUAAUGGAGAGGAAUCACCGAUCAGAGGACUAGUGAUGAUAACAAAGCAUAAUGAUGAGGAGAACUUGGCUGAAAUCAAUGAACCGAUCAAACAGAGCCCCGGCGAAGCAGUGAUCUCGAUCGAGAAUGACGAAAACCCUAAUAAAAAAACAGAGGUGAAGGAGGAGUUCAAGAUACCUGAUCCUCAAGUAUCCGAUGAAGUCACUGAAGAGGCCAAAGACUAUGGCGAUCACUUGCCUGAAAACCAAGAUCUAGCACCCGAGAUUCCGGCGAUCAUCGGCCAGAACCUUAGUCCGUCCUUCACCGGAGAGAAAGAAGAAGAGGAUCUCGAUCUCAAUCUCCGUCUCGCCACCAUUACACUGGACGAAUCAAAGCACUCCGAAGACGAUCUGCAAAUCGAACAAGCAACAGAAAUCGAAACCUCACCAAAUCGCCAAAUCAAUCUCGAGAUUCAGAACGAAAUCGAAACCCUAAAUGUAGAACCUUUAUCAGAGAUCAAUGACAGCGCCGCCGUCGAUGAUCUCAGCUUCUGUGAGAUCCGUUCAUCAGCGAUUGAGACCAUCCUCUCCGCCGCUCCUUCUCCCCUCCUCCACGAGACGACAACGGCGGCGGCGGCGGCGACGACGACCGUAUCACCAGCUCCGAGCUUGGGUGAUAUUUAUAGGGCGGAAAGUGAGAACGAGAAGGAGAGAGGUUUGACCAGUUUGACCGGCGGUGAUCCGAAGGUGAACGUAAGGGCGGAGAAGCAGAACCAGAAGAUGGACCUUCAUGAACUGAGCCUGAGAAAACUGAGAACACUAGUGAAAGAGAGCAUUAUUCAGAAAUACAAUAAUAAUAAUAAUAAUAAGGUUGAAGAAGGGAAGAGAUCAGCACUGGCAGAGUUGAAUGAGAACCAGCUCUGAAGAAAAUUUUGAACUGAACUUAAGAAAAAUAAAACAAGAAAAGAGUGUGUUGUUUGGUUGUGAAACUUAUGGUUUCUCUCAUCCAACUUUUUGAGAUGUUUUGCUCUGUGUUUUGGUACUGGUUUGAGUGCUUGAAUUCAUAUAAUUUUGGUGAAUUGUUCUAUAAUAAAAACAAGUACUAAAAAGUGUACUAGUUUUUCAUAGUUAUGAAUGAGAGAGACUUGAAUCUAAUGGAACAAAAAAAAGCCCAUUUUGAAUGAGAAAGUUGAACAAACCUUCAUGAAAUUGAAUGGUGGUUGAAUGA